CUGACAUCGCUCGCAUUCUCCAGAUUCCUUUUCACUGUUCCUCAGGUUUUCCGAGGUGAUCGCUUUGGAUUUCAUGUUAGUCUCUGUGUUACGAAUGUGUGAUUUUAAGAAACAGGAUUUUUUUGUGUACUUUCGUUACAUUUUGCAGCUAUUUUAGAAGGUCUUGGUAAGAUUGUGAACAGAAAAUGGAACGCUUAGCCGGUGCGAAAGUAAUGCUUGCAAGCGGUGCAUCCUCACAAUGUCAGCAGAAGAGUAGCUUGAAUGGCGUAGCGCUGGAUCGGGUGCGCUGUAGACUGUCGUCGUUCAGUCUUUCCCCUCGUCCUGUGAGCUGCCGGCAUUUUCAGCAAAAUUCAUUCAGGUUACAGGUGACAUGUGAAGCCGUGAAGAAAGCAGCAGUGUUAACUCCCCCGCUGAAGCAGCUCACGUUAUCUGAGCCAAAAUUAGCGCAUCAAUUCGUAAAAGCGUUUGCGCCAGCCACUGUUGCCAACUUGGGACCGGGAUUCGACUUUCUAGGCUGUGCUGUCGAUGGAUUGGGAGAUUAUGUAACAGCUGAGGUCAGCAAUGCAGUGCCGGCUGGGCAAAUCCAAAUUUCAACUAUCACUGGCGAUAACGGGAGAUUGUCGUUAGUGGCUGGAAACAACUGUGCUGGGAUUGCUGGGAAGGCUACAUUAGAGCUGUUGGGGGUGCAGUCAGUAGGUAUCAUGCUGAAUCUGCACAAGGGUUUGCCUCUUGGUAGCGGGCUCGGCUCGAGUGCAGCUAGUGCCGCGGCAGCGGCAGCUGCGGUAAAUGGAUUGUUCGGAAGUCCUCUAAGCAAGGCACAGCUUGUUCAAGCAGGAUUGGAAUCGGAGGCUACCGUUAGUGGUUAUCAUGCCGAUAAUGUUGCUCCUUCACUCAUGGGAGGGUUUGUUCUAGUGCGAAGCUACGACCCCCUCCAUCUCAUACCACUUAGUUUUCCUGGAGGAAAGGAUCUUUAUUUCGUCCUUGUAAUACCCGACUUCGAGGCACCCACUAAGGAAAUGCGGGCUGUCUUGCCAACGGAGAUAUCUAUGAAGAAGCACAUUGCCAACUGUAGUCAAGCGUCUGCUUUGGUAACAGCCAUUCUACAGGGCGACGCCUCUCUCCUUGGAGCUGCUCUUUCGUCAGAUACUAUUGUAGAGCCUCAAAGGGCUCCUCUCAUCCCAGGGAUGAAUGCAGUCAUAGCAGCGUCUAAGCAGGCAGGUGCAUAUGGGUGCACAAUUAGCGGUGCAGGGCCUACUGCAGUAGCCAUAACAGAUACGGAGGAAAAGGGGAAAGCAGUUGCUGCAGCCAUGGUGAAUGCCUUCAAUGUUCAUGGGAAUCUCAAAGCAGAAGCUCACGUAAAUAGGCUAGACAGGGAAGGCGCUCGACUCAUUGAAUCUCAUUGAUGGACUGCUUAUGACAACACAAUGAGUUCGCGAAGGUCCCUGUAUCUUGACAACACUGUCCUUGCAGAGUGGUUUUGAGAUGUGGUUAUCUCUUGGGCUCAAGGAGCAGAUUAGUGACUGCGGGAUUGAGGCAGGGAACGUCUUGAUAUCUGUCUUUUGGCCUCCUUUCCUCAUUUCUCGUGGUGAAGAUGUCAUUCAAGGUGAAAAGUAAUGCGUCAUGACCAUAUCUCCAAGUGUAGUGUGGGAUCCUUAAACUUUGUGCUCAAUUUCGAUCAGCCCAGGGGUUGUCAAGAGUAUUGAUGUUUCAGUCGUGGGACGUGCACAGUCAGCACUCCUUCCUUUACCAAGGAAGGCUUUUGAUAAGCUGUGAAUAGAGCAUUGCUUUGCAAUUACCACCUUGUUCCUAAGCUGUUUCGGGCUUAUAUUAAGAAAGUUUUGUCUCGACAAAUCUUCACAAGUUCAA